UUUUAGUUCAGACAUGAAUGUUGUCUGGCUCAGCUGAUCACUACACCUGAGACGAGAGCCGCCACUGGACACAGUUUUGUUCACUAACCCUCCAAAAAGCAGCGGCGAGAGUAUCGUAAUUAACAAUGGCGAGUCAUCCCAAAGAUGUGGUCAUCACUGAUGAGCAUCCCAAGACACUCUUACUCCAAAAACACGCUGACUAUAUUAUUGGCUACAGCAAAAAGGAGGAGGAUUAUGAAUUCACCAUGACCGAGCACUUCCGCAUGUCUGGCAUGUACUGGGGCAUAACAGCAGUGGAUCUACUGUCACAGUUGGACAGGAUGGAUCGGUCUGCAAUAAUAGAAUUUGUUCGUCAGUGUCAAGACAAAACAUCUGGGGGAUUUUCUCCAAGCCUAGGCCACGACGCUCAUUUACUCUACACGCUCAGUGCUGUGCAGGUCUUUAGCACUUAUCAUUUUUUAUAUAUAUAUAUAAACUUAAAUUGGAAUAAAAGGUUGGAUGCAAUAGAUAUAGACAAGGCAGUUGAGUUUGUGAUGAAAUGUCAGAAUGUGGAUGGUGGUUUUGGUACAAGACCUGGCUCUGAGAGCCAUGCAGGACAGAUAUACUGUUGUGUUGGCCUCCUCUCUGUCACAGGUCAGUUACACAGAGUGAAUGGAGACCUCCUUGGUUGGUGGCUUUGUGAGCGUCAGUUACCAUCAGGGGGGCUAAAUGGACGACCAGAAAAGCUGCCAGAUGUAUGUUAUUCAUGGUGGGUGUUGGCAUCUCUUAAAAUGCUCGACAGACUUCAUUGGAUUAAUGCAAAUAAAAUGCGUCUCUUCAUAAUGGCAACGCAGGAUCCUGAGACAGGUGGUUUUACCGACCGGCCGGGCGAUAUGGUUGACCUCUACCAUACGCACUUUGGACUUGCCGGGCUCUCGUUGCUUGGAGAACCUGGACUUAAACAGAUCAAUCCUGUCUUUUGCAUGCCCCAGUAUGUUAUUGAUCGCAUCUCUGUGUCCGUUCAGAUAUUAGCCACAUGAUUAACUAUAUAAAGGUACUGCAUUUUUUAUAUUUCCUUAAUAACUUAAGACAGUGUGAAGUUUUAUAUUAAAAAAUCUAUUUGAUGUAAUACAGGUUGCAUAAUUUAAUUUUAA